GAUGAAACUCUUAGAAUUCAAUUUCACUAUCCAGUACAAGAAAGGAGUGCAAAACAAAGUUGCAGAUGCUUUGUCUAGACUAUUGCCAAGUUGUUUCACCCUAUCUGCUGUGACUCCUACAUGGGCAGAAGAUCUAGUGGAAAGUUAUAAGGAGGAUCCACAGUCUCAACAGUUACUGGAAAAGUUGUUAGUGCAAAAACAGGAUAAUUCUUCAGAUUACAGCCUACAUUCUGGGAUCAUGAGAUUCAAGGGCAAGCUAUGGGUUGGCAAGUCUGCAGAGUUAAGAAAGAAACUAAUGUAUGCUCUUCAUAAUUCUCCUAUUGGAGGCCACUCAGGAGUGAGAGCUACAUAUAACAGGGUGAAGAACAUCUUUUUCUGGCCAGGACUUAAACAAGAUGUAGAGGCUUUUAUUGCAGCUUGUCCUAUUUGUCAACGAGCAAAACAUGAGAAUUGCUUGCAACCUGGCCUGCUGGACCCCCUCCCUGUUGCAGACAUGGCUUAGCAACACAUAUCUCUGGACUUUGUGGAAGGCCUACCAAAAUCCAAGGGCAAGGAUGUUAUUAUGGUGGUGGUCGAUAGAUUCACGAAAUACAGUCAUUUCAUUCCCAUGUCCCACCCUUAUUCAGUUCUCUCCGUGGCUCAAAAGUUUGUGCACAACAUCAUAAGAUUGCAUGGUCCUCCUAAGCUCAUUAUCUCUGACAGAGAUAGAAUUUUUACCAGCAAACUGGGGAAAGACAUUUUUACUGCCCUCAAGGUGGAACUCAGAUUCAGCACGACCUACCAUCUUCAAACGGAUGGCCAGACAGAGCGGGUGAACCAGUGUUUGGAAACAUACCUGCGUUGUAUGACAACUGAUCAACCUACCAAGUGGAUGUCAUGGCUGUCUCUGGCAGAAUAUUGGUAUAAUUCCACUUAUCACACGGCUUUGAAAAUGUCUCCAUUUCAAGCCCUGUAUGGAUUUCCACCUCCACUCAUAUCUGAAUUAGCAAUUCCUGGACCAGAUGAUGAGGAAGCACAAGAUUUCUUGACAGCUAAACAGCAAAUGUUAGAGCAGUUGAAAGAGAAUUUGUGCAAGGCUCAGAACAGAAUGAAGCGUUAUGCAGAUCUCAGACGAGUGGAGAGAAGUUUCCAGGUGGGGGACAUGGUUUACUUGAAGAUGGCACCUUAUAGAUUGGCAGCAUUUGGCUUUCGAGGAGCUCUUAAGUUGCAGAACAAGUAUUAUGGCCCUUUUCUCAUAACACAAAAGAUAGGGAACUCUGCUUACAAAUUGCAAUUUCCUAGCAACGUUCAGAUAAACCCGGUCUUUCAUGUCAGCCAGCUCAAAAAACAUAUUGGACAAAAGGCGAUUCCGAGCCCCAAUCUUCCAAUGGUCAAUGCAGAUGGCACGAUCAAAACGGGCCCGGCCGCAGUUCUACAAGUCAGGCAAAUUCCACGCAACAAUGCACCAGUGGUUCAGUGGCAAAUCCAAUGGGAAAAUCUGUCACCGGACGACGCGACGUGGGAGGAUGCAGACUUCAUCAAGUACUCAUUCCUGGAGUUUUUCAGGCAAACUACUCAAGCUUGGCGCACAGCACAAGAAUCGACGUGAGGACUCGUCGAUGCUCAAGAAGGGGGCAAUGUCAGGACCUGAGUUGCAGUAAAGUCCAGUUUCAGCAUUCGGUUCAGUUAACGCGUCACCAACGGCCAGGAUCGCUCCUCUGCUUAGCAGCUACAUUGCUGCGUGUAACCGUCUACUCUACCGAUUGCCUUCGGAUUCUGUUGUGAUGCUCUGAUUGUCUUGAUUUGGUCAGAUUGUCGCUUGAUUUGUUGGUACGUUUAAAACAUGGGCGUUGGGUAAGCACAGAUGGCCUUCUAACUAGUAAAAACAAAUAGAUUUGCAUGAGAAGCACCUAAUGGGCCGCCUGUAUGACCUGGUUUCUGACUACAUUUGGUUGCGUCUGUCAGUUAUUUUGAGUAGUUACAGUGUGCUCUGCCUUCCAGAGUUUCAGUACAGUUUGCUCCAUGUAAGCUGGCAUAAAAAUAUAGUUAUGUACUUCUCUUGAAUGUUUUACUCACUAGACUUUCCUAUCUGAUACCUUUGUCAAAGGUUUUCUCAUACUCAAUCAAAAAUAUUUUUCUAAGUGACAGCCAUGGCAUAUUAAUUUUAGGACCGAUCAUCACGCUCACAUGAUUAGAUACCAUAGUAAAAAAAACGGGUUGAUCAGUCUCUUGAUAAUGUGAGAACUAAAGAUGAUGCGGUACAAUUGUGCAUUGCGUCCUAAUUUGCAGCAUAGUGUGUCUUAUCAAGUAUUUUCACCGCAUGACUCUGUCCAGCAAUGUGAUAGAUCGGUCACUUUGACUUCCAGAGGCUCUUGUGCAUUCAACAUGUUUGCUUCUUUUCUUUUGGUUUUCUAACUUGUUAAUUUGUCUAUUCGCUUCUAUAAUCCUAUCAUGUUUACUUUUGUGAAAGAUAUUGUAAAGAGACUUACCAAAAGAAAUGGCGACCUGUCAGCGCUUUUUUCUAUCAACACGAACGGAUGUAAUCUGUUGCAUCUCGCGGCAUGCGCAGGCCAUUUAGAGGUUUGCAGGUACCUAGUGGAGGAGCUUGGAGGAGAUGUAAAUGCUCCUGGGGUUGGGGAUACAGCUCUAGGUGCGACUCCAUUUAUGGUGUCUACUCAGUCUGCUGAUGUUGCUACUGUCAAGUAUUUUCUUGAUCAUGGUGGUGAUCUUGUGAAAGCAGAUGACAAAGGGCGCACAGUUCUCCACCAUGCUGUGGGUAUAGGAUGCUGCAAGGUUACAGAGUUCCUCCUGUCAAAAGGAGUGCCUAUUGACAUAGACUGUGGCCGUGGAACACCACUCUUUUGGGCUGCUAAUAAUGAGCAGAAUAAGACAGUGAAGAUUUUGCUAGAGCACCAUGCAAAUCCUAACAUCAUUAUCAAUGGUACUACCAGUCCCCUUAUGAGUGCUCUUGUUUACCGUUCAUUGAAGUGCAUGAAGCUACUCAUUAAGGCUGGUGCUGAUGUCAAUUGCAAUGGUUCCAUGUUGACUCCUUUGUUGCUUGCUACGAUGCAUGGAGGUUAUAACAACUUCAUUAAGCUCCUAUUAAAGUCUGGAGCAGAUCCAAUAUUCCCGAUGAUAAUUUCACUAUAUUCUGUUAAGCUUAGAGUGAUUAUCACCGCUGCAAGUGGAGCACGACUCACCCUGUUGUUGAACAUGGCGGGGAUUAAAAGCAGGAGCCUAAACGCGGAGCUGCAUCUUCCCGGCUGUAGCGAGGUCAUUAGUUGGGGCGAUGGGGAAAUCAGGGCGAACUCCAUCAGCUUGGAUCUAUAG